AUGACAGGAACAGACGUGUUUGGAAUUACAGUACCUCUUAUUACCAGUACUACUGGAGAUAAACUGGGAAAGACUGCUGGCAAUGCAGUUUGGCUAAACAGAGAUAAGACUUCUCCAUUUGAGCUGUAUCAGUUUUUUGUCAGACAACAAGAUAACAUAGUUGAAAAAUACCUGAAACUCUUCACCUUCCUUCCCCUUGAGGAGAUUGACCACAUCAUGGAGAUGCAUGCUAAAGAACCUGAAAAAUGGGGCCCUCAGAAACGACUUGCUGCAGAAGUAACCAAGCUUGUUCAUGGUAGAGAGGGGCUAGAAUCUGCUAAGAGGUGUACUCAGGCCCUUUAUUACAGCAGCGUGGAGGCACUGGAAGCUAUGUCUGACCAAGAGUUACAGGAACUUUUUAGACAAGCUCCUUCAGCUGAAUUGCUGCUUGAACCUGGAACGAAUGUUCUUGAUUUGUGUCGCAAAGCAAACGCCAUUCCAGAUGGACCUAGUGGGUACCAGAAAAUCACAGAUGGUGGAGUUUCAAUAAAUGGGAUUCGAGUAACUAAUCCAGAGACUGUUCUUAUUCUCGGACAGCAUAUUCUCAAGAACGGAGUAUCCUUGCUUAGGAUUGGAAAGAAAAACUACUACGUUAUAAAGUGGCUGCAGUUGUGACAACAGAACGUCUCCCUAAAACGACUCUAGAAUUUCAGCUCUGUUGCUAAAAGACGUACUUGAAGAUAUUUCUAUACCGUGCAUUACUACACAGCUCACAGACUGCCCGAUACCAUGGUUUCAUUCUCAAAAUACACCAACAGAGUUCAAAUGAAGGCAGCUAA